UGUGUGAGUGCCCCAUUACUUAAACCCUAUUGAUCCAAAGUUGUUUUCUUCAGUCUCCCCUCAAAACCCUAGCCAGCCUCUUCUCUCCCUGCAAUCACAGAACAUCCAAAAAUGACAGGAGAGGUCGUGAACCCAAAAGCUUACCCUCUUGCAGAUGCUCAACUCACAAUAACAAUACUUGAUCUUGUUCAACAAGCUGCCAACUACAAGCAACUCAAAAAGGGUGCUAAUGAAGCCACCAAGACUCUGAAUAGAGGCAUUUCUGAGUUCGUUGUCAUGGCUGCAGACACCGAGCCUCUUGAAAUUCUUCUCCAUCUUCCUCUGCUUGCCGAGGACAAGAAUGUUCCCUAUGUAUUUGUCCCAUCAAAACAAGCACUUGGGCGAGCAUGUGGUGUCACACGGCCAGUGAUUGCAUGUUCCGUAACAACUAAUGAAGGAAGUCAACUGAAAUCCCAAAUUCAGCAACUAAAGGAUGCUAUUGAGAAGCUUUUGAUCUGAAAAUUUGAUAUUCGGUAUGACGGGCUUCUUGAGUUGUGCUGAUUGCUUCUUCAGAGGCUUUGACUGGACGAAUUGUCGUGUUCAACAGGCAAAGGUGUUUUAUGUGUAAACCUACAUUUAUAUUGAUCUAUGUUGCGAAAGAUUGUUUGAAAGUAAUUUUGUACUGAUGUUUUACACUGCUACUGUAAAAUGUUUGAUGCUAUGUAUGUGGGGGUGCUCUUAUGAAAUUUUGACUUGAUGAGUU